AACAGCUGUUCAUUCUGAUAAACGUUGUCGUUGUAAACAAUUAAUUCAUAAUAGUUUUGUAUAUUUUCUCAACAUAUUACGAGUUUUUUUUAUUUAUUCAACAACAUGUCUCUAGUUGCAUACGCAGCCAGCAGUGAUGAGGAUUUGGACUACUCCGACGAAGAAGUGUCCACCUCCAAAACUAAAACCAAUGGUGGAACUGAAUUGGUGAAACCAGUAGUCAAUGGUAGCCUCGAGACAGGAGCAAUAAGCGAUGACGAAGAUGAUUAUGCGCCAACUGAAUAUGCAACAAUUCCAAACAGUAAAAUGACACAAAGUCUCCUCUUGCCUCAACCAAAAAAUGUGGUUGAAGUAAAAGCACUAGAAGAAGAAUUGGAAGUAACGCCAAUAUUUGCAAAACUUCCAUUACCCAAACACACAGUUGAAAAGAAUGCAAUAAUCGAAGAAGAAGAUGAUGAAUUUUUACAUAAAAAAGCCGUAGUACCGGUUGAAGAAGUUAAACCUAAACCUGUGCAAGUGGCACCCAACAAAGGACCUGUAAAAAUUACUAUACCGUCAUUGAAAGAUUUCAGUGAUGUCGACAAAGAUAUGGCUAGUAAAGUGAAAAACAAGCAAAUGCCCGAUGGGCAGAAAAAGUCCAGUUUAUUAAGCAUGCUACCACAAGCGAAGUCAGAGCAAAAUUUUGCCAAAGUUACCACUAGCAACAUAUCAAAUAAUACAACACCUCAAUUGCAAAAACCGUCAUCGGUAACAAAAAAUCCAUUUAUUCCGGAUGCUGUCAAAACUCGACGUCCGGCAUAUAACACCGAAAAUGUUGAUGGCAUAAGGAAACCAACAAAGAGAAACAAGCCCACCGAAAAAGCAAAAAUCUCACUGGUCAACUGCAGUGACAGCGACGACAGUGGAGAUGAACCCGGUGAUUUCUUUUCCCUUAACUCCGAAGACAAACUACCAGAGGUUAGCAUGAACGAAAUUAAUGCUAUGGUCGCAGAGCGUGCUGUUAAGAUGGCAAAUGCUACUACUAAGUUCUUAAAAGAAAUUGAAGAAAACAAGCAAACUGAAGAAGAGAAUAUGGAAGUAGAAAAUGAGAGACGUUUGGCAGAAAAACGUACUCAACAACCAGCUUUGGAUAAUAGUGCUUUACAGGCACUUGCGGGCAGUAGUUCCAAACGCAGAAGAAGAGAAGACAUACAAAUUGUGGAUAUCUCAAGUGCCGAAGUACUACCAAGUAGAGAAGAAUGGAUGCGUACAGCUUUAGCAUCAUCUACUGCAUACCAACCGACUGGAGUUCUAGUUGAUGAAGAACCUGUAGCUGGUACCAGGCGAAAGCAUCAAAUCACUUAUCUGGCACAUAAAGCGAAAGCCAAUGAAGCCGAAUUACAAGCAAUGUGGUCUGCGAAUCGUCAAACUCGGAAAGCAACGCAAAGCAAAUACGGCUUUUAGUGUGUGUUCUUUUAUUCUUACCUAUAUUUAGUAAAUACAUAUAUAAAUUUACAUUUUUAAAUAUAUAAUUAAAAAAAAAAAAAUAAAUCUAUUGUUUUUCACCAAGA